AUGCCCAACACAGAAAAGGCCACCGAAGCCCGCGUGGCUGACUAUCGGAGUCCAUCCGUCUCCUCAUCCGAAAGUGACAGCGAAAUCCAAAUCGAGCCCAUUCAGAGUCGUCGCCAACACUACCCCGAAGUCAUUGGAUCGGGCGAUGGACUGUUAACUCCCCAAAUAUCUCGACUAUCACAUAAUUCGCUAGCACGCAAGACGACAUCUAUUGGCACAACGGGCACAAAUGAUCCUGGGUUCGAGGUCGACUGGAAGGAUGAAAAUGAUCCUGAGAAUCCAUGGAAUUGGCCAUUGUCUUACACGGCGAUGUGUAUCACUUUUUUAUCGUGGAAUACGCUAGUAAUUGUCUUAUUCUCCACAAGUUAUACUUCGGGCAGCGACCAAAUUGCCAGAGAAUUCAACGUUUCCGAAACAAUUGUCACACUGGGCUUAACAUUUUAUCUGAUCGGACUGGCAGCAGGCUCUGUCGUGAUGGCCCCACUCAGUGAGAUAUACGGGCGGAGGCCUGUUUCAAUCGCCAGCUUGAUCGUUUUCAAUAUUAUGAUCAUUCCAUGUGCCGUGGCCAAGUCGGUAGUAGUCCUGAUCAUUUUUCGCUUUAUUGGGGCUUUCGCCGGUAGUGUGAUGAUUAGCAGUGCACCCGGCAUGGUGGCUGAUCUUGUGCCUCACAAAAAUCGUGCUUUGGCCUUUUCAGUUUGGAGUUUGGGUCCCAUCAACGGUCCAGUGCUUGGGCCUAUCAUUGGUGGUUUCGUCUCUCAGUAUCUUGGUUGGAGGUGGUCGUGCUGGAUUAGUCUCAUGCUCGGCGUCGUUGCUCUCGCCUUUUCCUGCGUCAUGAAAGAGACAUAUGCGCCUGUUCUCUUAAGAAAUAAGGCUGCUAAGCUCCGUAAAGAGACGGGUGAUUCUCGAUGGUGGAGUCGGUAUGACCAUAAGGUUGCGCUAAAAGAGACCAUGAAGACCAAUCUCGCACGGCCAUUUGUCAUGGCUGUUCUGGAACCCAUCUGUAUAUUCUGGAAUCUGUAUGUCGGGGUUGUUUAUGGAAUUCUCUAUCUGUGCUUCACAUCGUACCCAAUUGUAUUCCGUGAUAUUAGAGGCUGGGGUCUUGGAGUGUCAGGUUUGGCAUUCCUAGGUAUCGGGUUAGGCACAAUUGUGACAAUCACCUCGGAGCCUCUAAUUCGGCGAAUUAUUCAAAGCCACAAGAAAGACCCAGAGACAGGUGAAGUAUAUCCUGAAGCCAUGGUGUCGGCAGUCUGCAUUGGUUCUAUCCUAAUCCCCGCUGGCGAGCUGUGGUUCGCCUGGACGUGUGCUCCAGCAUCAAUUCCCUGGCCUGCUCCAAUAGCAGCGGGUAUUUUCUUCGGCGCGGGAAACACCGCCGUUUUCAUUUAUGCGUCCAACUAUCUCACACACAGUUAUGGCAUCUACGCUGCAUCUGCCCUCGCUGGAAAUUCUGUCAUUAGGAGCGUCCUGGGUGGCGUGAUGCCAUUGGUCGGUACAUAUAUGUACAGCAGUCUAGGCCCCAACUGGUCUGGUACACUUCUUGGGUUGCUUGAAGUCGCCUGUAUCCCAAUCCCGUUUAUUUUCUGGAAGUACGGACACAAAAUCCGUCAAAAAAGCACGUUCAUUCGUAUGAUGCAGGAAGAUCAGAGAAGGUUGAAUGGAAAAAGAAAGGUCAAGCCGGUGAAAGAAGAACAACAACCUUCUUCUCCACCAGAAACCUUUUCUAAACCCGGUAUAGCAAGCGAUGACCCUGAAAAAGGAAGAAUGUGA